AUGGGAGCUCCGCCAAUUCCAGAGGGGAUUUCCUCCCUUCUCGAUACAGAUUUGUACAAAUUGACCAUGCAAUGCGCGGUGUUGAAGUAUUUUCCUGACGUCCAGGUUACUUAUGGCUUCACGAACCGCACUCCGGAUAUGAAGCUGUCGCGAGGGGCGUAUAAAUGGCUACUGGAGCAGAUGGACAGACUGGCAAAUAUUACGGUUUCCCCCGAAGAAAUCGACUUCCUCAAACGGUCCUGCCCCUACCUCAACGACGCAUAUCUGCAAUACCUGCGCGGCUUCCGCCUCAAGCCAUCCGAGCAAAUCCACAUCAAAUUCACGCCAGCGCCCGAAGGAGAAGACACAGGCAGCGACGAUGUCGUUGGCGACAUCGAAUAUGCAGUUGCUGGGCUCUGGGUAGAAACCAUCCUCUACGAAAUCCCGCUGCUCGCACUCACCAGCGAAGCGUACUUCAAAUUCGUCGAUACGGACUGGAACCAUGAAGGCCAGGAAGAAAAGGCAUAUGCAAAGGGGAUGACGCUGUUGGAGAACGGGUGCAUAUUCUCUGAAUUCGGGUCGCGACGCAGACGAGAUUAUCAUACGCACGACCUCGUUAUGAAAGGACUAUGUCGGGCUGCGGCGGAUGCGACACAAAAAGGCGUUCCAGGAAAAUUCUCAGGGACUAGUAAUGUCCAUUUUGCUAUGAAAUAUGAUGUGAUCCCGGUGGGCACGGUGGCUCAUGAAUGGUACAUGGGUAUUGCGGCUUAUACGGACGACUAUGAAAAUGCGAAUGAAUUGGGGUUGCGGUACUGGUUGGGCUGUUUUGGAGAGGGGGUCCUCGGCAUCGCCCUCACAGACACAUUCGGCACACCGGCGUUCCUCGAGGCAUUCAGCAAACCCAUCCCAGACGUCACCACACCAGCGAAGGGGAUCGAUGCAACAACGCCUUCCAGCGCCGCAGUCACAGUAGGCACAACUCCAGAGAGCUUAUCAGACACAAAACCACCUGUCGAAGCACCACUCCAUGACCACCCUGACACAACAACGACGACAGCAAACAAACGAACAUACGCACAGGUCUUCCAGGGCGUCAGGCAAGACUCCGGCGACCCCAAAAACUUUGUCAAGCUAGCCCGUACCUUUUACGACAAACACGGAAUCAAAGAGAAAAAGGUGAUUGUCUUCUCGGACUCACUCAAAGUAGACAAUUGUUUGGAAUAUAAGGCUAUAUCUGAAGAAGCCGGGUUUCAGCCUACGUUUGGAGUGGGAACUUUUUUUACCAAAGAUGAUUUCAUAAAAACAUCCACCGGCGCAAAAUCAAUCCCACUCAACAUCGUCAUCAAAAUCGCAUCUGCGGCUGGUCGUCCGGCUAUCAAACUGAGUGACAACCUGGGUAAAAACACGGGUGACAAGAAAUUAGUUCAAGAAGUCAAACAGCGAUUGGGCUAUGUAGAAAAUGUUUGGGAAGGAGGCAAUGAGGCGACGAGAUGGGGGAAGAGGGGAGAUUGA